GAGUUCAUAAUUUCUUCCCUCUCUUUUUAGCUCGAUGAGAUUGUCAGCUAACCUGCAACUUAGCUUCUAGAACGCGUGUGUAUACGCGUUGAAUGUUGAGUAUACACAGAUGUAUUCGUAAAUGCAUAGUAGAGACGCGCGCGCGUGUCUGCAUGUAUCUGGAGUGCACGGUAUAAGCAACAAGAGCGUUAACCAAAGUAGACACGUUGGUAGUAGUUGGGCUGCUGUAUCGUCGUCGCUAGCACGAUUGAUAUUUUCGGAAGCUUAUUUUUUCCUCAUCUUCGUAACCCCUUUUUACACACGUUGAAAUUCGGGAUUGGGAAAAUCCGUGACGCUCUUCAUCUUUUCGGUAAACAGGGUCGUCAAAAAAUAUCGAGUUCAUUGACAAUAUUGCGGGCGUAUAAUUUUUAUAAACAAGGGUUAGGCUGAAAAUUAACCCCUUGUGACAGCGAGUGUUGAAAAGAAAGUUAUUAUAUCUAUAUCUACAUAAAACAAGUGAGGGAUCAGGACAGUGAAUCUUACAAAAAUGAAUAACGCUUCGAGAGUUAUUGAUUUUGAAACCCUAGCGAAGGAUGACCAGGAAUUGAUAGAGGAAAGUAUGAAAGCUCGUGAAUUGGCGUACGCUCCAUACAGCAAAUUCAAAGUAGGUGCAGCAUUGCGAUGCACCGACAAAACGAUAGCACGUGGUUGUAACGUCGAGAACGCAUCGUACGCGAUUUCCACGUGUGCUGAAAGAGCAGCAUUGUGUCGUGCAAUUUCAGACGGCAAAACAAAAUUCACGAAAAUUGCAGUCACAGCAGACAAGUACAACGGAGUGUUAUCUUCCCCUUGCGGUAUGUGCAGACAAGCUCUCGCCGAAUUUGGCGACAUGAUCAUCUAUCUCGUUGCGUCGGACUUGACAGAGAUUUCACAAACCUCGGUAGGUGAAUUAUUGCCAAUGGGAUUUGGUUUCAAUAACUGUAAUUCAUCGCAAAAAAAGUAAGCGUUUAUCAUCAUGUUUUUUCGUCGUUUCCAUUCUUGUCCUGCGUUCGUGAAUCAUUUUUAUUUAACUGUUAUUUUUCAACAUGAUUCAAUAUCGAUAACACAAAUCAUUUUUUUUUCACUCGCCCUUUUAAUUACGAACUGUCUAGUCGUCCGGUUACCGUGUUUUUAACAUUAGGCUAUUCGUCUGGAUUACAAAUUCCAUAAUCAUGUUUACUUCAUCUUGUGACACUGGUUUUUAACGGAUUUAUUUCUCGCUACAGUGAACAAUUUCUAUGAAUAUUUGCUUGUCAAUAAACCCGAAAAUGUGUCAUUAUUUCGGACAACUAUUUUUACUAAUCCGGUUACAUUAUUUUCUGUUUUCGCAAUGAUUUCAUUGCGAACGAACAAAACGAAUGUCCGGACUUCAGACGAAUAACAUAACCUUAUUCAUACGGUUUUCGAACGACUUGACACAGCCAUUAGGAUUAUGCCUAUUCGCAUCUUUCACUCCACGAUGGAAUUUACACGUAUAUGGUUAAGUAACGCCAAAAAAAAUGAAUAAAAGGAUUCAAUGAAAACAAAUGUACAGAUUAUAUCGCACGUGUUACGUACUAAAUGAAACAGAAAAAAUAUCACACAUGUGUACAAUAAAAAAAGUGUAUAUAUACAUAUAUUUAUAUAUAAGCUUUAUUUAUAGUUGUAAUAUAUUAACAAGUCUUCCCGACAGAUCACUUACUCGCCGUUUGAAUGAAAAACUUUUUACUACAUUUGUCCCCUCGAAAAGUUAUUGUAUACAAUCGUUGAAAUCAAUGAAGAAAAAAUACAUAUAUAUGAAAUAUUUUUCUCCGUACCAUUUACACGAAAGAAAAAUUGGGGUGCGAAACACAGCAGGUUUUAUGUUCAAAAAAUUACAACGAAGAUCGUUGAGAGGACUCGUGUUACGAAUAAUUUAGCUUAAACAAUAAAAUAGCAUUUUACAAGAAAUAAGUUAGUUAGAGAACCAGCAGGCUUGACGAUAUAUCGGAAGCUAUGCAUUUUCAUUUGGGCCUCUUUUCUGUAAUUCUUUAGAAAUUCUUUGAUCCCCAUGUUUAUUAGCAAUCGCAGAGAACAAAGUUUUUCAUUUGCACACCGGGCCUCAUCCCAAUGACCAAGCGUAACUGGUAUUCUGAUUUUCCAUUUGUUAUUUAUAUUUAUAUGCUUACAUAAUAUAUAUCCGAUUGUGGACUCAUUUACAUUUUUCAUUGAAUGUCUCAUCAUCACAAAAAAACAUUAUAUACAAACGAUAUAAGUAACAAUAAAUAUAUACACUAUCUGCAGAUAUGAUAAUGGCAAUGUCAUGUUUUUCAUUGUACAAUUAAACGAUGGGAAAGUAAUAAUAAUAAUAAUAAUAAUAAUAACAGAAUAAAUAAAGGACGAUUUGACGGAAAGGCAAUGUUAUAAAUAGCGUUAAUUUCCUCAACCAAGGAACGUUUUUCUCUGUAAUUCUUCGUUCAUUUUUAUCUUUCGUUAACGCGAAAUUUAUUUGACCAUGUACUUACGAGCUGUAAUUCACGUCUAUUAAGUGUUUAUUUUUAUCACUCGAUUUUGUAUCGCGUUCGUAAAAAUACUGGCAAAAAGCAGCAAUUUGGCUUUUUCUUUCUUCUAAGGAGGCUCGGUCCUUCUAACAUGAUUAAGAAAUGAAAAAUAUUUUUAGUUUCAGUUCUUUUUGGACAGUUUCCGGUAAUAACCUCUACUCGUUGUUGUGAACGAUGAAUCUUUCGAAACGUAAUUCUUAUCGACGUAGACUCGAAUUCGCGAAACCGUUUGCAAUUGUUGCACCGUCAUUCUGACGCGAAAUGAAAUGUACAAUUGCUCCUCCACUACGCUUUUUGACGGACGAUAGAAUAACGUUGAUUGUGAAAAUCUAGAAAAAACAUGAUUUCGUUUGCACCAUGCAAUUUGUUAAUAGUUUUUGUUUCUCUUUAAAACGAAAGAAAUAUUAUGGGGAUCCCGAGAACGAACCUCCUUGAGCAAUUUUUUCGUAUCUAUUUUCCGUAUCAAGUUUCGACUAACGCUUGUGCUUUUUUUUUAUCUUACCCAAGUAUAUUCUUGCUUCUCCUCUUCACCAGAAUGGACACCUGAAAGAAUGAUCGAAAAUUCGUUUUAUAUUUUGAAGUGAUGAAAGUAUUUCUGAAAUCGUUUUCCACAUGCUCGGAAAUGUGUGGAGGAAAAGUGUCAAUCUCUGCUUUUAUUUUCCUCAAUAAAUGAUAGUCACAACAAAA